UAAACAAGACACAACACAGACAGAAACAGGCAAGACAGGAGGUGAAGACCUUUAAAAAUAAAACAUGAAACGAAAGACAGAAAAAGACAAGACAAAAAUACAAUACAGACAGAUCGUGACAACAUUGCAGUCUUAAGAAGGUGUGGCAGACCGAAGGGGAAGUAUAGCAUGGGAAUUACAAACCUAAAAAUCAAAAUUAUAAUUUCCCACAAUGGUUAAGGCAACACCAUUCUGUCUGAGAACAUUUAGUAGCUAGACGUGAAUUUAAAACGAAAAGUAAAAAUAACAGAUACAGUUUGUAUCAACUCAGUAUUUUGCCUUUAGGGACCAACACUUUAUUGAAGCCAGUUCAUGUGGGAGGAUACUAAGCAAAAAAGGACUAGGAGGAGCCUCUUGUUUUGAUCGAGCAGUAAGAUAACAGUCACUCACAUGUUAAAUGUUGGACAUAUGAGUCUUAUACAAAUACACUGACAGCAGCACUCGGUCUAGCCUUGAAGACUCGCUCUUUGUUGAGCAUGGGCUUAACAGCAGAGAGCCACUCUGUUCCUCUGAGUGAUGGAAACAGCAUACCUUUGAUAGGACUGGGAACUUAUGGGGAUCCCCGCACGACCCCUAAAGGAACUGGAUAUGAAUCAGUCAAACUGGCUAUUGAAACAGGGUACAGACACCUUGAUGGAGCUUUAGUCUAUUUCAAUGAACAUGAGGUGGGACAAGCUAUAAGGGAGAAAAUUGCAGAUGGAACUGUGAAGAGAGAGGACAUCUUCUACUGUGGAAAGCUGUGGAACACAUUCCAUUCCCCGAAUUUGGUUCGACCCGCUUUGGAGAAAACUUUGAAGACAUUACAGCUGGAUUAUGUCGACCUCUAUAUUGUAGAAAUGCCCACAGCCUUCAAGCCAGGAGAUACAUUUUACCCCAAAGAUGAGAACGGAAAGUGCAUUUAUCACGAGACAGAUCUCUGUGCUACAUGGGAGGCUUUGGAGGCUUGCAAAGAUGCAGGGCUGGUAAAAUCUCUUGGAGUCUCCAAUUUCAACAAGAGACAACUGGAGUUGAUCCUCAACAAACCUGGGCUAAAACACAAGCCUGUGUCCAACCAGGUUGAAUGUCAUCCCUAUUUUACUCAGCCCAAGUUGCUUGAGUUUUGCCGGCAGCAAAAUAUCGUUAUUGUUGGAUACAGUCCAUUGGGGACAUCUAGAGAUGCAUCAUGGGUGAACCUAAAAUGUCCACCUUUGUUGGAGGAUCAACUCCUGGCAUCGAUUGCUAAAAAGUAUAACAACACAACAGCCCAGGUGGCCUUGAGGUUCAACGUGCAGAGAGGAGUGGUGGUCAUCCCCAAGAGCUUUGACCCUGUCCGCAUUAAAACAAAUUUUCAGAUAUUCGACUUCUCUCUUUCCGAGGCUGAGAUGAAGGCAAUUGAAGGAUUGAACAAGAAUAUUCGAUUUGUAGAGCUUCUCAUGUGGUCAGAUCACCCAGAGUAUCCAUUCCAUGAUGACUACUAGAUGCAACAGAUGUCAAGACUUCUAUUAAAUGUGAUAAAAGUAAAUUGGCUUAUUAACUUGAUUGCUUUUUCCAACGUGUUGUGCUUUAUUUUGAACAUGAUUUUGAUAGUAGGACUCUUAUUGUACAUGUUAUGAAACAUUUCUUUUAUACAACUUCAUUGAUUAAAGCAACUUCAGAGAACAGAUUUUCAUUAUUUCAUGAUACAGCUUCUCGUCUGAGAGAGAACGAGAGAGAAGUAGAGGAAACAAUGUAUGAUGUAAAUGUAAAACUGAAAUGUUUUGCUCUAGAACAAUUGCCAAUUUGAAUUGUAUUGUUGUAACAAUGUAUUCAUGAACAGGGCACUAUGAAAGCAAAUAAUAAAUCAAAUAAAUAAUGCUACCUUAA